AUGAAUGAGUAUAUUCCUUCAAAUAUAAAUUUGAAGAAGAAAAAUGGUACGAUCAAUGUAACAAGGGUUAAACAGCCAACAGCAACAAAAGUUAAAUCAAAACUCGCUAGCAGAAAGGUUGUUUUUGAAAACCCUGUGUGCUUGAAUGAUAAUGACGUAGUUGCUGAUGAGCUAUCGAUUCAAAAUGAGGCUGAUUAUUAUGGUACUAAUAACAACGUCACUUAUGCAAUCCCAAACAAAACUGGUGAUGUAGGAAGCAACAAUGAAGAUAAUGGACCAAUUGAUUUAAAAGGAAAAGUUCAAGACUUAUCAAUACAGUUAGAAGAAAUAUGUAAAUAUGCACGCUCAUCUCUAAAUGAGAAUGAUGUAUGUUUCUGUCAUGACCUUGUUGGAGGAAAAUGCCUAUUACCACAAAAUCAUACUUAUGCUGAAUCUCCGCGAUUGAAAACUCCGCCAGAAGUAUGGUUUUCUAAACCAGAUUGUUGCCAGUCAUGCACAGUACCAUGCUGUGUUAAAGCUGAUUUAAAUUCUACAAAUUUAAUAGGUGGUUUGCAAGAACUACAACCACUUACCGAUGAAAAAUUACUACAGAAUAAUUUAGAUGACAUAAGCCAUCGUUUAUCUUUACUACAAGAUAAAUGCGCACCAAAAUGUUUAUCAUCAUCAAUAUCGAACAAAAUUGAACGUGAUAUUGAUGAACAUUUGGAAAAACUCAAGCGACAAAAUUCAACUGAAAAACGAUAUCUCCAUCCAUCAAUUAAUCGAACGUCAAAAUAUCAAACAGUCACAGGAAAAUCAACAUCUGAUCAAAAAAAAUCAGUCGGUCAACAGUCUUUAAAAUCAAAUCUGAAAUCGAAAACUGCAGAUAAACUAUCCAAUUCAUGUCAACAAAAAAAUAAAGUCAUUUCUAAACAAAAAUUGCCUCACUCAUCUUAUGAUAAAUCGAAACUACCCAGUAAUAAAUUGCAACGUCAAAGUUUAUCAGAAUCUUUGGAUGAGAAAAAAGACAACUACUCAACAAAACGAAUCACUUUUGAUGAGGAUGUUGAUAAUGAUCCGGAAACAACUUUGGAUAAAUUAGAAAAAUACUUAGAAACAUCUGGAACUAUAAUAGAUGAAAAGGUCAAUAAUUUUGAAACUAAAAACUCUAAACAAGACGUUAAACUAGAUGAAACAAAAGAAAUGAUGAAUGAACUUCGUUCGGUCUAUCAAGAAAUAAAGGAACUGUUACUUAAUGUCCGUCACCGAGUUGAUCAAAACAAUAAUAUAAAAUUAGAAGAAACAGAGAAAAUUGAUACAAAUACUCAUUCAGAUGUAUUAUUGUCAAAUUCUCAACCUGUACUCACUCCUGGUAGUUUACUUCCAAGUAUACGACUUGUAAUGGAUUAUUCUGGUAAAACAAUUUCACCUACAAAUGAUAUAACUCAAUUAAUAUCUAAUUUACCUGAUAAUCCAAUUGUUAAAGCUUCCAGUGAAUUGUGUGAACUUAAUCGACGACGUAUGAAUUUAGAGAAUAAUCUUGCUGCAUUAGAAUGUUCUCAUAAUGAUCAGUCGAUUUUUGGAUUACUUGAAUUAUUAAGUAAAGAUAAGUCAUCAGUGGAAAAAGCUCGCAUACAAGCUAUGAUAAAUGAUGCGAUUAACAAGGUUGUUAAUGAGAAAAAGUUAGAACAACAUUCCAGAUCCAUUGGUCGUGUUUCACGACUCACUCGACCGAAAUCUCAAUCAACCACUGGACCGAAACAAAUAAAAGAUACAAUAAGUACUCGUGGCUCACCAACUAGAUCAAGAAAUGUAAUUGAUUUAUUUCACCAACCUAAAUUAUACAGUACAGAUCGUUCCCCAUCACCAGUAACACUUACCUCUCCAUGGCGUUUAAACAGACGACGAGUUAAACGACCGUUAUAUCCACGUUCAAUUAAUGAUCCAGUUAAAGCACGUACAGCUGUGUUACGGUUAAGUGAUGAAAAUCUUGCUGGAAUUUCUUCUACACAAGGACGAAUGCAAAGACCUAAUUCAAAAGUUGUACGAUUUAUUGAUGAUCAAAAUAAUGAACCGGUUGAAUCGUUAACAGAAUCACAAAAACUACAUUCAAACAAACCGAAUAAUAAUAUUCAAGUUAAAACAUUGACAAGACCUAACUCAGGCAUAAUUCCAUUAGGAAUGUAUCAAUAUUCACUUUCAAUACCACCUACAAAACAAUCGGAAAAACAAGAUAAGCUAAUUUCUACCGAUACAUCUGGUUUGCUUCAUGAAAAAGGCAUUGGAUUUCAUUUUCAAUCGAAUCAAUCGACUGAACAACUUACAAACAAUUCUAAUAUCUUAUCCCAAACAGAGUUAGAAGAUAAUAUUUUAUCACGUCUUGUCUCACAAAUUUCUGAUCAGUUAGCUAAAAAUCAAUUGCAAAGUCAUGAUACUUCAUCCAAAGAAAAUCUACAGCAUUUGAUUGAAACUGCAUUAUUAGAACGCAUAGGAUCAAUGAUUUCUCCAACACCAACUAGUCCUGAUCGAACUAGUCAACUACUACAACCAGAAAGACAACAUCUCAAAACACCAUCAUUAUCUUCGCUUGAUCGAUCUAGUCAGUUAAAUUUAUUAACUAUUCCUACUCCAAUGGAUAGUAUCAAUAAAAGUGAAUUAUCUUAUCCAAAUGAUCCUUUUGAAAAGAAGCGUAAAACACCAGAACCAGUAUCAAACUGGCAACCAUACAAUCCAGACGAAGAAAGUAUUUUUAGAAAUCCACGAUCAUCACCAACUAAUAGACGUUAUAUUUCUACACCUGAACCAUCAUUUGGAGAUAAUCUCAGUCUUCAAUCUAAAUUACGUUCUCAAUCUUCAAGUCCUGUCAAACAAAAAUCUGUCAUGAUUUCACCAUUCCCACUAAGUCCACAAAUGAAAUAUCCAUCGGAAAAAAAUGUUUCUGAGAGAUCAACUGCAAUCAAUUCACAGUCAUUGAAUUCCAAUUCAACUGCUUUAAUAGAAACACGAAGUUCAUCAUUUACUGAACCAUUCAGUCUCACUCCACCAGAUACAUUCAGUGAUGGAAUGUGGCUGGUAGAUCGGUCCGUAGGUGAAGCACCAAACCCGGUGUCAUAUAAUAAGCUGAAAUUAAUUAUGUCCAAAAUGGAACCGAUUCAAAGUUCAACAACGAAAAGAAAUAAUUAUUUAACUCGAACAUUUAGUAUAUCUAAAAGUACUAACAGUUCUUCAAAUAGUUCUUCCAACACUACUACUACUACUACUAAACAAUCAAAACAAGAUCAAAUUAGUCAAGGACAAUUUCCACAUGCAUCAACUACCAGUAAUCGUUUCAAUUCUAAUCAAAUUAAUCCACUGAAUAAUCCAUUACUUCAUGUAUUAGCUAUAAAAAAUUCUAAUGCAAUGAAGCAAAAUCAACUAUCUCAUAAUGAAUAUGAUGAAAUGAAAAAAAUGUUAAAACAGCUGAAACAAAUACGUCAAUCUCCUAAUAAUAAUAAUAAUAAUAAUGAUAAUAAUAAUAAUAAUAUUGGUAUUAUGCGUUCACCUAGUCUUGAAUGGCUAGCUAAUCUUUCUGGUAGUUCACUGUCACAAUUGAAUUUACAUCAAUCAACUAAACAAAAUUGUUCAUCUAAAAGUGAUUUAACAUAUUCACAUACUGAUGAUAUGAUGAAUAAAUUAAAAACGGAAUCAUGUAAAAUAUCCAUAGAUGAUCAAUCAAAACACACUGCUGUAUCACCAGAUCAUUCAAGAAAAUCAAAUCAUUCUACAAGUAAAACUGGGAGUCCGAAAAUUUCAAUGCUACGUCAAGUGGAACUUGUUCACUCAGAUGACAGUGAAGCAACCACCAUUGAUGAUGAAGCUUAUGAAGAUGAUUUUACUGGUGAACAAACAAACUAAUUGAGAAAAAAACAAACAAAGAAAAAUAUUUCAUUUUAUAACAAUAAUCAUGUGAAAUAUCUAACAUUGAAUACUUUUCAAUAAGUGUAACUUAAUUUACUUUACAUUUG